AAUACUAAACAUUCACACAUAAACGUGAUUUAAAAACAGAGCAUGAAGGAUGACGUGUAUGUCUGGGUCCUUCGGACUUCCGGGUGUGUAUAAACAGACAGCAAAGGGAGUUACCUCGCUCAAAAGAUGUCUAAAGUAACGUUUAAAAUCACCCUGACGUCGGACCCCCGGCUUCCAUACAAAGUAUUAAGUGUCCCAGAGAGCACGCCGUUCACAGCGGUGUUAAAGUUUGCAGCUGAGGAGUUCAAAGUGCCCUCAGCAACCAGUGCAAUUAUCACAAAUGACGGAAUAGGAAUCAACCCUGCGCAGACAGCAGGGAACGUGUUUCUAAAACACGGUUCAGAGCUUCGCAUCAUUCCCAGAGACAGAGUGGGAGGACAAGGAGACUGACGCUGCUUUUUUCACGUGGACGGCAUAAUGACUCACCCAGCAGGAUCAUAUAACUCUUGAGACCGGGGAAACACCUCAGUGUGUUUCAUAUUUAUUUUCUGGCAGAUAGCUCACACUGACUCACAUGAGAGUGUGUAUAUUUAAACUUGAUGAGGACAUGCACUCACACUUGCAUGCUCCCUGCUUCUUCUUCUUCCUCAGUCAGUCAGUCAGUCUUUUUUUCCCACAGUCAGUGUAGUUGCUUCAAAAGAUUGGAGUGACAUCAAGAGUUCCCCAAAGCCCUGAUUAAUUAAUACACAAACAGAACUGCACCAUGGGAAAGAUUUUAGCUAAGAUUAACAAACAAAUGAGUCAGCUGGAGCUUUUGUAUCUUUGUAAAUGAAAAUAAACCAUCAGUAUGUCAAACAAAA